UAGAAGUCCAGCUAAAGAUGGUUAUAAGGUUUACUUACUUUUAACAUGCAAAGUUUUAUGAACAUUAUUUACUUUGAGAAUGUUUUGUCAUGAAAGUUUCCAUUUAUGUGAUCUUCAGGAUCUUGAAAUUGUUCAGGAGCAUAGGAAGACUGAGCAUGUCGAUAGUGAUGAGAUUUGUCUUGUCCAUGUGACAACUGUCUACCCUGUUAGUCAUGGACAAUUGGAUUGUCCGACUUGUUCUCCUCUUGGAGCUAAAGAAGACUGGCAUAAGGAACUGGCAAAUGGUCAAAACAAGUUUAAUAAUAAGGAGCACACAUAUAGCUUGAUAUCUGAAUUGCUUCCCUUGCUGAAACAUAUCUAUCAGAACCAAUUAAAUGAGCUGGAAGUAAACCAAGGGGAUCAAGAAGGUGGAUUUUCUGGUGUACUUCUUCGAGUAUAUGAGCCUCACAAUGAGCUUGUUAACUGUAAUUAUUGCAGGACUUCACUAGUGGAUUUUCACAGAAGCUGCUCAAAUUACUCUUACAAACUUUGCUUAGAUUGUUAUGGAAAGAUAGUAAAGGGAACUGCUUCUCAAACACCUGCAAUUGAUUCCUCCAAGGCUGGUAGGAGACAGAGGGCAAAGAAGUAUGUCAUCAGAAAAAUUGUUGGGAAAAGACGGAGACAUUCCACAGGCGAGCGACCAGAUAACUCAUCUUUAUCCACCGUUGAGUCUGAUAGAAAGGCUAAGAAUCAUGGAAGCAACAUUCCUUGCCCACCCAAGGAAUCUGGAGGUUGUGGAAACGGUCUUCUUAAGUUAAGUUGCAACAUACCAUUUGUUUGGUCUAAAACGGACUUCUCUUCUCUCUUUCAACUAUGA